AUGAAUAGGUAUAAAAUUAAUAUUUUGUUUAAUUAUUGUCUAAGAAAUAAUAUAAGAUAUAUUACAACUUAUAAUCAUGGUAAAAAUGGGCUGGAUUUAAUUAAAAAUUUUACACCCAAACAGAUUGGCAAAAUUGCUAUUGAUGUUUCCAAAUGUGCAAAUAGUGACAUUAAAAUAUGGGAUAAUUUUAAGGAAUUGAGUAUAAAUUCAAUAAAUUCUUUCGAUUAUAAGGAUUUCAAGGAUUUAACAUUUUUUAAUUUUGUUAUCGAUAAGCUGUUCGAAUUCUGUGACUCCUAUAACUGUGCUCAAUUAUCGCAAAUUACACAAAUCAUAUCAAAUUUUAAUAACUUGCACAUUGAUUUUUGUAAAUUAUUUUCUAAAGUUGCAGUUCUUUUUAAACUAAGAUUAGCUGAAGCCACUCACAAUGAUAUUGUUAAACUGCUGAAUUCAUUUUCAAGGGUCGGAAUAUACGAUAAACCAUUAACUGACACACUGGUACAAUUGGUAUUGAAAAACAAUUUUACUCUUGAUGAAUUGAAGAGCGUAUCUAUCAGUUGUACUUUGCUUGGACAUCAUGACUCUGACUUACUAAGUAAACUGUGUGAUAUGUACCACAAAGACAAUAGCUGUUUGACCCUUAAUGACCUUGGAAUAUUGUCAUUCAUUUUUAGUAAGUCAUCAUUCACUAACGAUAAAGUCGUUUCCAUAUUUGAAAGGAAUUUAAAUCGCACUGAUAAUCCACAUUUGGUUGAGUUAAACGGGAUGGAUUUACCUAGUUUGUGUUUAAAUUUACACAGUAUGGGUGUACAAGUACCAGAGAACUUGAUUAACCUUAUUGAUUUCAAGUCAUUACAGCCUAAUUUAUCGAUGGAAAUGCUAGAUUUAUUUUCGUUAUAUCCAUCUAAACAGGAGUCGAUACUGGACAAAUGUAAAGAAAUAAAGAGAAGUACAGAAGACAAUAUUAAGCUGUUAAACUACAUAUCAAGAGGGCCUUUUAAUGAAAUUAGUCGGCAGCUGUUUAAUAUAGUAAUGAGAGAUGCUAUAAAACUAGGAAAAAGUGAUUUGUCAGUGCUAUUGGCUGAUGCUUGCUUAUUAAAGUUGCCAGUAACUUGGUUAUUGGAGGAACAAAUGUAUGACUUGAAUCAUGGCUGUAGUAGCGAAUUUGAAAAGAUGUUACUGUGCGUACAGGCCAGUAUAAUAUCCUUCAUAAUGUUCUUCACAAAUGGUAAUGUUACUGGUUAUAGUAACGAACAUUGGUUGGUAAAUAACCACAAUAUGUCGUUGUUAAUAAACAAAAUUGAGGGCAAACUUAGCGGAAUAACCGAUGAAAAGUCACUGCUGAAUACACUUUUGGAUGUAGUUCCACUUGAAAAUGAUGUGCCUCAUAUACUAGUUAAAGAGUUCGAAAGGCUUUUGUGCAAAGAAAUAAAGGUACAGUUCCAUCCAUUAGAUAUUCAUCCGUUCUUCACCAGUAAGCACAUAACUAAUGAAACAGUUAUUUAUGAAAGGAUAAAAGUGAUGUUGGUUGAGGAUACACAGAGUGUAUUCUUUCCAAUUUAUCCAAAUGACCUUAUACAGCUGGAAAUGCCCCGUAAUGGACUUGCAGUCGGACCUAGUUUCCAUGGGAUUCCUCCUUGUAGCGUCCCUAGGACGCCAGUACUCAUUAAAAUGUACAUUAUUUCCAAAUUGAAGUAUAAUUUAAUCCCAGUGUGCUACUACGAAUGGAACAGAUUGGGUGACGAUGAUGAGAAGGCUAAAUAUCUGUUAAUAUAUAUUUGUGUGUGUGUAAACUUAAUUAUUUGUGACGACAAUGGACCAGAACAGGACUCAUCGCACAUACAUCUCAAUAUAGAGUACCCCCAGGAUGAAGCCGGAAAAUUGAACCUAAACACAGGAGAAAACCAGCAAAAACUGGAGCUCAAAACGCCCGUUGUUAUAAUUUCGCCCACGCCGCUCGUCGAUUAUGAGCGUCUGUACAAGAAAAUGAUGAAGAUUAAACCGGGAGUGAGUGGAAAAAAGAAUCCGGGUAAUGUGUAA